AUGGCUCCAUUUUUCGAAGCAGCAGAAAGAAACCAAAAUAAGCCCCCUAUUGGUAUUCGUUUCAUAGAGUGCAUAAAGAAGAAAAGGCUUUCCUACAGAACCCACCAAGCCAUUGUCUUGAUUAUAACAUUUUUGGCAUACACAAGCUACCAUGCUGCUCGAAAAACUACGAGCAUUGUCAAGAGCACCCUUGAUCCACAAUCAUCUGAGGUGGGGUUAAAGUUCCUCCCUUGGAGGAUUACUCACUCAAGUGAACCGGUUGAAAAAAAAAGACUUUCAUUGAUACUUGGAGAUGGUUGGGCUCCAUUUAAUGCCUCAGAUGGGACAGCCUUGCUUGGAGAACUCGACUUGGCUUUUCUUGCUGUAUACGCCUUAGGAAUGUACUUUUCAGGGCACCUGGGUGAUAGGAUGAAUUUAAGGAUCUUUUUGACAAUAGGAAUGGUUGGAAGUGGUAUAUUUACUUCAUUAUUUGGUGUUGGAUUUUGGGCAAAUGUGCAUAACUUUUACUAUUUCUUGAUAGUACAAAUGCUUGCUGGCUUGUUCCAGUCAACUGGAUGGCCUUCAGUGGUUGCAGUAGUUGGUAACUGGUUUGGGAAGAAGAAGAGAGGGCUAAUCAUGGGUAUAUGGAAUGCCCACACUUCUGUUGGGAAUAUUUCAGGCUCUUUGAUUGCUUCUGCAAUGUUGAGCUAUGGAUGGGGCUGGUCCUUUGUUUUGCCUGGUCUCCUUAUUGCUUUUGUAGGCUUGCUUGUGUUUCUAUUCCUUCCUGUUAGUCCCGAGGCUGUUGGAGCUGUCAUAGAUGAAGAUGAAUUGGAUUCUCCAAAUAAAACUGGGGAGGAAGUUACAGAGCCUCUUUUGGCAUCUGAAUCUGAUGUUGAACAGGAAGCUGUAGGGUUCAUUGAAGCAUGGAAAAUACCUGGAGUUGCUCCAUUUGCUCUGUGCCUAUUUUUUGCCAAACUGGUGGCCUACACUUUCCUAUACUGGCUUCCUUUCUACAUUAGCCACACUGCCAUUGACGGAAAGUACUUAUCUGAUGGAGCUGCGGGAAACUUGUCAACAUUGUUUGAUGUUGGAGGGGUGGUUGGGGGAAUUUUAGCUGGGCACAUUUCAGAUCGCCUAGAUGCCAGAGCAAUUACAGCAGCAAGUUUCAUGUACUGUGCCAUCCCUGCUCUCUUCUUCUACCGGAGCUAUGGACACGUUUCCUUGGUUCUAAAUAUUGCUCUUAUGUUCAUCACUGGCAUGUUUGUGAACGGGCCUUAUGCUCUUAUAACAACAGCUGUCUCUGCUGACUUGGGAACUCACAGUUGCUUGAAAGGGAACUCAAGGGCAUUGGCAACUGUUACGGCAAUCAUAGAUGGAACAGGCUCGGUUGGAGCUGCAAUUGGACCUUUAUUAACUGGUUACAUUUCUGCUAAGAGCUGGAGUGCAGUUUUCACAAUGUUAAUGGCUGCAGCUCUAGUUGCAGGUCUGCUAUUGACGAAACUUGUUAUGGCAGAAGUGGCUGCCAAGAUUGCUGAAUCAAGGUCUCAAGGAUCUCUUACGUCAAGAGCACCAGCAGCGGCACUUCUUGUGUGA